AUGAUGGCUGAGGUUGGUUCAAUGCCGGCUGCCUCCUCUGUGAAGAAGCCAUUUGGUCUCAGAAGCAAGAUGGGCAAGUGGUGCUGCCACUGCUUCCCCUGCUGCAGGGGAGAGGCAAGAAGCAACGUCAGCACUUCUGGAGACCACGACGACUCUGCUAUGAAGACGCUCAGAAGCAAUGGGAAGUGGUGCUGCCAUUGCUUCCCCUGCUGCAGGGGGAGAGGCAAGAGCAACGUGGGCGCUUCUGGAGACCACGAUGACUCCGCUAUGAAGACGCUCAGAAGCAACAUGGGCGCUUCUGGAGACCACGAUGACUCCGCUGUGAAGACGCUCAGAAGCAAGGUGGGCGCUUCUGGAGACCACGAUGACUCCGCUGUGAAGACGCUCAGAAGCAACGUGGGCGCUUCUGGAGACCACGAUGAGUCCUCUGUGAAGACACUCAGAAGCAACGUGGGCGCUUGGGGAGACUACGAUGACAGCGCCUUCAUGGAGCCCAGGUACCACGUCCAUCGAGAAGAUCUGGACAAGCUCCACAGAGCUGCCUGGUGGGGUAAAGUCCCCAGAAAGGAUCUCAUCGUCAUGCUCAGGGACACUGACGUGAACGAGAAGGACAAGCAAAAGAGGACUGCUCUACAUCUGGCCUCUGCCAGUGGGAAUUCAGAAGUAGUAAAACUCCUGCUGGACAGACGAUGUGAACUUAAUGUCCUUGAUGACAAAAAGAGGACAGCUCUGACAAAGGCCGUACAAUGCCAGGAAGAUGAAUGUGCAUUAAUGUUGCUGGAACAUGGCACUGAUCCAACUAUUCCAGAUGAGUAUGGAAAUACCAGUCUGCACUAUGCUAUCUACAACGAAGAUAAAUUAAUGGCCAAAGCACUGCUCUUAUACGGUGCUGAUAUCGAAUCAAGAAACAAGCUUGGCCUCACACCACUGUUACUUGGUGUACAUGAACAAAAACAGCAAGUGGUGAAAUUUUUAAUCAAGAAAAAAGCUAAUUUAAAUGCACUGGAUAUAUAUGGAAGAACUGCUCUCAUACUUGCUGUAUGUUGUGGAUCAGCAAGUAUAGUCAGCCUUCUACUUGAGCAAAGUAUUGAUGUAUCUUCUCAAGAUCUAUUUGGACAGACGGCCAGAGAGUAUGCUAUUUCUAGUCAUCAUAAUGUAAUUUGCCAGUUACUUUCUGACUACAAAGAAAAACAGAUGCUAAAAGCUUCUUCUGAAAACAGCAAUCCAGAACAAGACUUAAAGCUGCCAUCAGGGGAAGAGUCACAAAGGCUUAAAGGAAGUCAAAAUGGCCAGCCAGAGAAAAUGUCUCAAGAACCAGAAAUAAAUAAGGAUGGUGAUAGAGAGGUAUACCUUCGAAUGAAGAAGCACGGAAGUACUCAUGUGGGAUUCCCGGAAAACCUGACUCAUGGUGCGGCUGCUGGCAAUGGUGAUGAUGGAUUAAUUCCUCCAAGGAAGAGCAGAACACCUGAAAGCCAGCAAUUUCCUGACACUGAGAAUGAAGAGUAUCACAGCGACGAACAAAAUGAUACUCAGAAGCGACUUUCUGAAGAACAGAACACUGGAAUAUUACAAGAUGAGAUUCUGAUUCAUAAAGAAAAGCAGAAAGAAGUGGCUGAAAAGAAAAUGAAUUCUGAGGUAUUUUUUUAGUUAUUUUCAAAUGUUUUUAUAUGUGUAUAUAUUUUUUAAAAACUACGUAUUUUGGAAAUGUAAAGGAUUUUUAAGUCAUAUAUAUGUGUGUAUGUAUUCUAUAUAUCCUUCGUCAUAUAUCUGUAUAUGUACAUACAGGAUGAAGCCAUGUUCUUAAUUCAGCUCCAUUUGCCUGCAACAGUCAAGUAGUGACCUGCACAAUGGCCUCAGUCCAAAGGAGAAGCAGUUGAUAUUUUCAUAAGAAUUGAUGAUCUUUCCAUAUCAAAAAUAAGUUUUGCUACGAAAAACACAUUUUCUAGUUUUUGGACAUCAGUUUUUUAAAAAAUGUUAAUAGAGAAGUCAAUUGAUUAUUUUCACUGAUAGGAAAGUAGGAAACGUAUAGCUGGGUCAGAGGCCACAUGGUGGAUGUCAUUAUCCUUCCUUUCGCGGAGAGGAACAGUUUGCUCCAAGUAGUUUCUCAUUUCAAUGUAAAGAGGCUUGAAAACAAUGACAUGCCAUGAUACACAUUUAGUGAUCAUUUAUUGAUAAGUAUUUUGUUCCUAGAGAAAUAGUAUAUUUCCCCUAUUUCACACUUAGUACUGUUUCCAACAUUAUAAAGAGGAAAUGAAAGUUAUUGCAAUG